AUGGCGGUCUCCUCCUCUGGGACCCCGAGCCCACAGAGCCUGGACAGCCCAGACCCUGACUCCGCCCACCACCUGGACAAGCAGUGGUGGCCACUCUGUGAGACCCCUCCCGCCGUGGCAGCCGAUCCCGCCCUGGACCUGGAGGCGGAGAGCAGCAUGGACGUGAUCCUGGUGGGCUCCAGCGAGCUGGCGUCCCCCUCUGCAGCCCCGGCGGGCCGAGACCACAUCGCACACGAGGUCAAGGUGAACCAGAGAAGCAUCGAAGACAUCUGCCUCUGCUGUGGGAGCUCCCGGGUCCACACGCAGCACCCCCUGUUUGAGGGAGGCAUAUGCGCCCCGUGUAAGGACAACUUCCUGGGUGCCCUCUUCCUGUAUGACGAUGACGGCUACCAGUCCUACUGCUCCAUCUGCGCCUCCGGGGAGACCCUGCUCAUCUGUGAGAACCCCGACUGCACCAGGGGCUACUGUUUCGGCUGCUUCGACGCCCUGGUGGGCCCCGGGAGCUCGGGGCGCGUGCAGGCCAUGAGCAACUGGCUGUGCCCCCUGUGCGCGCCGAUCUCCCGCAGCGGCCUCCUGCGGCGGCGGAGGAAGUGGCGCGCCCGGCUGAAGGCCUUCUACCAGCAGGAGGCGGAGAGUCCCCUGGAGAUGUACCAGACCGUGCCCGUGUGGAGGAGAGAGCCAGUGAGGGUGCUGUCCCUUUUCGGGGACAUCAAGAAAGAGCUGAGCAGCUUGGGCUUCGUGGAGCAGGGCUCUGACGCUGACCCACUGAUGCACCUGGAUGACGUCACAGACGUAGUGAGGAGGGAUGUGGAAGCCUGGGGCCCCUUCGACCUGGUGUUCGGCUCCACCCCUCCCCUCGGCCAGGCCUGCGACCGGUCGCCCGGCUGGUACUUGUUCCAGUUCCACCGCGUGCUGCAGUACGCGCGGCCCUCGCCGGGCGACCCGCGGCCCUUCUUCUGGAUGUUCCUGGACAAUCUGCGGCUGACCAGCGACGACCAGGCCACCGCGGCCCGCUUCCUGGAGAUGGAGCCUGCCACCCUGCAGGACGUCCGGGGCAGAGCGCUCCAGGGUGCCGUGCGCGUGUGGAGCAACAUCCCGGCCGUGAGCAGCAGGCACGCGGCCUUGGCUCCUGAAGAGGAAUUGUCCCUGCUGGCUCAGGGCUGGCAGAGAGCGAGGCUCCCCAGCGAGGGGCCGGCCAGGCUGGCGAAGAGCUGCUUCCUCCCGCUGAGAGAAUAUUUCAAGUAUUUUCCUCCGAGCUCACUUCCUCUUCAUGAAUGA